AUGUACGCCGUGGGACGGGACACGUACACCGCUACUGGAGGACAUUACCGCUUCGUCGUCAACGCAGAACAAGGAGCGCUCUUCGUCCAAUCUCUCGACGCACCCCGCCACGCUGCAACGCAGAACUGGGCCCACACGCCCCGGCCCAACGAACUUCCCCGUCUUCAGUUCGCAUCAGAAAUUAUAGCGGCUUAUUGGUCAAGAACGCCGAAUCCGAAGGGGUUGAAGUAUUACUUCGCGAAUAAUGUAGUCAACGAGGAGACAUUACCUCUGAUCAACAAGAUACUGCAGGAGAGUGGGUAUGACAGGAUACCGGAGUGGCCAGGUGUACGUGUCAGUGCGGAUAGCGAAGAAGGGACUGUUCUGGUUGCUAUGAAGAUUACCGCACUUCUCGUUACCGUGAUCUGUGUACCACUGGUCUACAGCAAGCAUGUCGAAGUAUCGUUCGGCUCCUCCAACUCCACAGCUUUCACAUCAGGCCUUCUAGAUCGUCGCGAUAGCGCAGUGAGCAUCCCACCUACCAACGACAAAGCCCCCGCCUCCGAGCCGAAUCUAGUCCAGACUGCUGUGGACUUCGACCCCACCGACUACGCGAACGAUGCCAGCUGGGAUAAGUAUAAGAAGAAAGGCAAUUGGCUGCGUUGCCUCAUGGAAAUGCCGGAUGAAGUUGCGGGACGGAAUUGGCCCAACUACCUGGACCGCAAUCCGCCAUCAGCGGCAAGCCAGUGGAAGGGGACACUUGAAACCGAACUAAGGGAUUGGUACUGGCACGAAGCCUACUAUGACCCGGAAAUCAACUGCGAAUUUUCGGACGACUUCGCAAACUUAGAGAUUAAUAACAGAAUCGAGGCUGCGCUGAAUAAGCUCGGACUGAGCGUAAAAUCAGUGGAACAAGGUGGCAAGAACAAGUGUUACUCUAUCGAGCAUAUGGAUGAGAACGCGGUGGACGACGAUGGUGAUGAACUCCCGGUAGACAUGCAGACUUACUUCCCUAACGACGACGACGACAAAGAGUAUGGCGCCACUGGAGCUUACUACCGCUUCGCUUUUAAUGCUGAACAAGGAGCAAUCUACGGCCACAACUUCCUCGCCCCCUGGCCCGCCGCCAUGGACACCUACGCCGAAGGCUUCCCAGCGGACCAACUCCCUCUCCUCCGCCAAGCCUCCGACAUCAUGGCCGCCUUCUGGCUGCGCAACCCCAAUCCCAAAAACCUAAAAUACUGGUUCGGCAGCAACAUCAUCAACACCGAAACCGUACCCGUUGUCAACCGGAUUCUCGUAAGCAAAGGCUAUAAAGAGGUACCAGAAUGGCCAGGCGUCCAAGUAGACGAGUCCAGUGAAGAGUAUCUCGCACUCUUAGGCACACCCGUCGGCGCAAACAAAGCCUUCAUGUUGGUUCAGCACAAGGCGGAAUUGGGGAUAAAACAUAUUCCCAGUAUUACGAUUUUCCGGGAUACAAAGGAUCCCAACCGCCCGGACGAUGCGCCGGCAUACCAGCUUUUGUUUCGCAUUGAAGAUGUACCGCAGGAUGAGGUUAUGCCUGAUGAUACGGAGAUUGUGGAUCAGGAGAUGACGGGCUCUGCGACUAAGAGGAUGAGAAGGGGAGAGAGGAGGGAUAGUUUGGUGGAGAUGGAUUUGGGGAAGAAUGUUGGGAGGAUGCAUAGGGUUAGUAUAGAUGGGCGGGGGGAGACGAUGUUGCAGAGCCAUGAGUUUGAGCGGGAGUUGUGA